AUGAUGAUCUUGAUUCAAGAUUGGUUGGUGCUGUUUGGAGAAGAGGUCGAUCUCGUCUGGAAUUCGCAGUGGUCGAUUCCAAAGUUGUUGUACAUUAUCAACCGCUACGCUCCUUUUGUCGACGUAACUCUCGACUUGUAUCAUUCGCUCUCCAAAAGUAUUUCCCCCGAGGUACCUUCUCCCUCUGAGGUUCAGUGCGAUGGCUGA